AUGGUAGCUAUAUUGCCUUACGAUUAUAUACAAAACUUUGUUCUUUAUGAUAUUCACAUCGAAUUCCGGAGGUUAAUUGUGGAAGAUUACACAAUAUUUCGCGGAAAAUCAUGUGAACUCAGUUUUCAAGUCUUAUCAAUUGAGAAAAGGAAUCAAGGAAUGUCAUCCUUAAACCCAAAUGCAGAAUUAUACAUACCACUUAACAAAAAAGAAGCAAAGGAUGAGAAUUAUGUUUCUGGGUUAACAACAGAGGGUUCUUUGAAGAAUGGUCAUAAGACUACUUGGUCCAGUUGUCCUCCUAAAGGCAACAGUGGAAUUGAUCAAAGCUAUCUCCAAGCUGAUGCUGAUUGUGACAUCCAUGGCUUCAAGGGUCUUCUCAUUGGCAGUGAUUUCACAGAGAAGGGUCUACAUGGUUCAAGUGAACUGACAAAAAAGCACUGCAUAGAGGAAGACCCUGAGAUGGAUCUGGCUUAUCUGGAAAUCAUGUUUCCCAAUAUGUCGGAGCAGUCACUUGCUGAUGUUUACUCUGUUAAUGGGGGUGACCUGGAAGCCUCAAUUGAUAUGCUGAAUGAACUAGAGGGACAAGUGCUCUGCCCAGUUGAUUUUCCUAAACACCUGCCUGACCAAUUGCACAUUGGUGAUGUGUCAGAAUGUAGAGUUACUGAAGGUUCUUCUACAAACCUGAAGAACGUUUUCUCUGGGGAAGCCAGUGGGUCUGCAGCUGGUCCUUCAGAUUCAGGCUCGAAACUGCAUUGACAAAAAAGAUUGAAAAAGAGGGGGAGAGAAUGACUUGGCCUGCUUCAGAAGUUCUAGAUAAGUAAGCAACUGGGUUAUGGAAUACAAGUCAUGGAGUUCCUUUUGAUAUAUUUUGUAAAGCAUAACUGUUUGCACAUUUCUUUACUGGUUAACACUUUUUUAUUUUUUAUUUUUUUUUCAGUAGAAAUUAUAUUGCACGAUGUCGAUGCGAUACAAACCUCAUGUAACAUCAUUACUAAUUUGUAAGGUAAGGGUGUCCAUGAAUUUAUAUACACAUGGUUAAGAUUGCACUUAAA